CUGAGGGAGCUGCUGAGAAGCCAGCAAAGAGAGUAGGAAUUAGGACUCCAGCAGCCGGUCUCGCCGUAGCCAUGGACGGACUGUUUUGUUGGGCAUUACAGAAAUGUUUUAAUUGGAAAAGCUAGGCGUGGAUUAACCCCGGUAUCUGGCUGGUGCAUUAGAAUACUAAGCAACACUGCAGAGUUGUAAACUGCAUUAAAAAAAGGAGGGGGGGGGGAAGAGAAAAGGGUUUGUAUUGCAGAGGCUUUUAAUACGUUCCACAGUGCAAACCUGUUAGAGCAUAUAUAUCCUGGAGCUGCGAUCUGGACACUAAUUCAAUUUUUGCAGUUAUGCUGGACAAGAGUAUAAAGAAGAAACUUUAAUAUCCAGGGUAUGGGAUUCCUGAAUCACCUAAGAUGCUGAAGAACCUUUGCAAAAUUUCAUCUACAAUAUGAAUGGGAAGUUUCCGAAAAGUGGACCCGAAGAUAAGCCACUUGUAAAUGCAUUUUAGUGAAGAGAAAAAAAGGAAUUUGAAGAAUUUCUAUCUCACCUUUUAAUGUAUUGUUGCUUUAACCUGCAGUUCUAAUCCAUUUCAGAAUUAAUUCAAUUUUAGCAGCACUUUUUGGGUGCAUGCCUCUUGCCCGGGGGAAUGGAUGGAUAUUUGUAUUUGAAAAGCUAGGAAACAUUUUGAUUUGAAUUUAUGUGCUUGUUAAAACUGGAACAUUUUUAUAGGAAUUGCUGCUGCUGCUGCUAACUCACUGCAAUACUGAAAACUCCUCAGAUAUAGUGGAAGCUGUAAUCGAAUUCAGUGUGAAAUUCAAGCCUGAGAAGUUGCAUACGUGUACAUUUGCUGCUUUGGUUUAUGACUUUUAAAGACAAUCCAGAAGGGAUUUUACUCCAGAUUUUUCUUCUGUGGCUUUUACUUGCGAAAGGAAACUUUUUUUUCCCUCCCCCAGCCUAAGAAAUGGCUUUUCUUGUGCGAUGUUAUGCCAACUGCCUGCAACCGUGGGCUUCCAAACUUCCAGCUGAUCUUACCAAGAUGCAUCUCACCGACAAUCCUCAUCCUCAGGUGACUCAUGUCCCCUCCAGCCAGUCGGGAUGUAGCAUUGCCAGCGACUCGGGGAGCAGCAGCCUCUCUGACAUUUAUCAGGCUACAGAGAGUGAGAUGGGAGAUGUUGAUUUAACAGGUCUUCCAGAAGCACCUGUAGACUCUGAAGAUGAAGAAGAGGAGGAAGAUGAAGAUAUUGACAGAACUUCAGAUCCGCUUCUAGGGCGAGAUGUUGUACGAGAGUGCCUUGAGAAAGAGCCUGCAGAUAAAACUGAUGAUGAUAUUGAGCAAUUAUUGGAAUUUAUGCAUCAGCUCCCUGCCUUUGCCAACAUGACUAUGUCUGUGAGAAGAGAACUCUGCUCAGUGAUGAUAUUUGAAGUGGUAGAGCAAGCAGGAGCCAUCAUACUUGAAGACGGCCAAGAGCUCGAUUCUUGGUAUGUUAUUUUAAAUGGCACAGUGGAAAUCAGCUAUCCUGAUGGGAAGAGUGAGAGUCUCUGUAUGGGAAAUAGUUUUGGGAUUACUCCCUCUCUGGACAAACAGUACAUGAAUGGAGUGGUCAGAACCAAAGUAGAUGAUUGUCAGUUUGUGUGUAUAGCCCAGCAAGACUACUGGAGGAUUCUGAACCACGUGGAAAAAAACACUCAUAAAGUGGAGGAAGAAGGAGAGAUCGUGAUGGUAAAGGAGCACAGGGAGCUGGAUCGCAGUGGAACCAGAAAAGGACACAUCGUUAUCAAGGCAACACCCGAGCGACUCAUCAUGCACUUAAUAGAAGAACAUUCUAUUGUGGAUCCAACCUACAUCGAAGAUUUCCUUCUAACAUACAGAACAUUUCUAACAAGCCCCCUGGAAGUUGGAAAUAAGCUCCUGGAAUGGUUCACAGUGGACAGCCUCAGAGAUAAGGUUACCAGAGUGGUCUUACUGUGGGUGAACAAUCAUUUUAAUGACUUCGAAGGAGAUCCUGCUAUGACUCGAUUUCUGGAAGAAUUUGAAAAGAACUUGGAAGAUACGAAAAUGAAAGGACAUCUGAGAUUGCUGAAUAUUGCCUGCGCUGCCAAAGCAAAAUGGAGACAAAUUACCCUGCAGAAACCUUCUAGAGAUUCGCCGCUGUUUUUCAGCCUCCUUGGGGGAAGCGACAAGGGGUUUGGUAUUUUUGUAGAGACUGUGGAAAUGGGCAGUAAAGCAGCAGAAGCUGGACUUAAGCGCGGUGAUCAGAUAAUGGAAGUAAAUGGACAGAAUUUUGAGAACAUUACCUUUGUAAAAGCUCUGGAAAUCUUAAGGAACAACACUCAUCUCUCCAUUACUGUAAAAACAAACAUUUUUGUGUUCAAGGAGCUGCUCUGCAGGAUAGGACAAGAGAAGAACGGAAUUCCGCAUAUUCCAAAAAUUGCAGAAAAGAAAAACAACCGUUAUUCCAUCCCAGAUAUGCCUGGAGAUGUGGAACAGAUGUUUCCCCGUGAAAAAGGGAACAAGAAGAUGAAAGCAAACACUGUAUCUGGUGGGAGAAACAGAAUCAGGAAAAUUUUAGACAAGACCCGAUUCAGCAUCUUGCCUCCAAAACUCUUCAGUGACGGUAGCGUGAGCCAGUCGCAGGACGACAGCAUCGUGGGGACGCGGCAGUGCCGGCACAGCCUGGCCAUCAUGCCCAUUCCGGGAACGCUCUCUUCCAGCAGCCCUGACCUGCUGCAGCCAACGACGAGCAUUCUGGAUUUCUCUAAUCCUUCAGCUGUUGGGUUUUACUAUAUCCCGGAUCAAGUAAUUAGAGUUUUCAAAGCAGAUCAGCAGAGUUGUUACAUUAUCAUCAGCAAAGACACUACAGCAAAAGAGGUUGUGAGUCACGCCGUCCACGAAUUCAACUUGACGGGAGCCCCGGAGACCUACUCCCUCUGCGAAGUCUCCGUCAGCCCCGAGGGCGUCAUCAAGCAGCGGAGGCUCCCGGAUCAGUUCUCUAAGUUGGCCGACAGGAUUCAACUCAAUGGACGGUACUAUCUAAAAAACAAUAUGGAGACAGAGACCUUAUGCUCAGACGAGGAUGCUCAGGAGCUGCUGAGAGAAAGCCAAAUUUCCCUCCUGCAGCUGAGCACCAUUGAGGUCGCCACUCAGCUUUCCAUGAGAGACUUUGAAUUAUUCCGCAAUAUUGAGCCCACAGAAUACAUCGAUGACCUUUAUAAGCUGGACUCCAAAACAGGGAAUGCUCACCUGAAACAGUUUGAGGAUGUCAUCAAUCAAGAGACCUUCUGGGUUGCCAUGGAAAUUUUAGCAGAGCCCAACCAACUCAAAAGAAUGAAGAUUAUUAAGCAUUUCAUUAAAAUUGCCCUCCACUGUCGAGAAUGCAAGAACUUCAAUUCCAUGUUCGCAGUUAUAAGCGGCUUAAAUCUAGCACCGGUAGCACGUCUCAGAGGCACUUGGGAAAAGUUACCGAGCAAGUACGAAAAGCACCUCAGAGACCUUCAAGAUCUUUUUGAUCCAUCUCGAAACAUGGCAAAAUACCGCAACAUCCUUAGCAGCCAGAGCAUGCAGCCUCCCAUUAUUCCACUUUUUCCUGUUGUCAAGAAGGAUAUCACCUUUCUGCAUGAAGGAAAUGAUUCCAAAGUGGAUGGCCUGGUAAAUUUUGAGAAACUCAGAAUGAUUGCCAAAGAAAUUCGCCAAGUUGUCAGAAUGACCUCAGCAAACAUGGAUCCGGCUGUAAUGUUCAGACAAAGGAAGAAGAGGUGGAGAAGUUUGGGAUCUCUGAGCCAGGGCAGCACAAACUCGAAUAUGCUGGAUGUACAGGGAGGCGCUCACAAAAAACGUGCCCGCCGCAGCUCCCUUCUGAAUGCCAAGAAGCUGUACGAGGAUGCCCAGAUGGCCAGGAAGGUGAAGCAGUACUUGUCCAACCUGAAUGUGGAGACAGACGAAGAAAAGAUCCAAAUAUUGUCACUGCAGUGUGAGCCUGCAUACAGCACUCUGACAAAGAAUUUAAGUGAGAGAAGAGGAGCGAAAUCCUCAGAAAUGUCUCCGGUACCCAUGAGAUCAGUUGGCCAAACCGCUAAAGCCCAUCAGCAUCAACAAAACAGGAUGAGUCAAGUUCUUCAGGUUCCAACUGUGAAUUUGUACCCCAGCAGGAAAAAGGGACUGACGAAGGAGCAUGUCACGUUCAGUACAGGCUCCCCACAGAAGUCAUUAAGCUUGUCUGAGGAAGUAAGUAGUAAGAAACAAACAGAUGACACUAUGUCCAUGGCAUCUUCUUUGCACUCCAGCCCACCCGCUUCUCCUCAGGGCUCUCCACGCAAAGUUGGUAACAUCCAAAGGUCGGAUAACUGCAGUCAGAUGAAUCUCUCUGGCUCUUCCUCAUCACUCGCCAGUGAAACCAGCAACAAGAACAGUGGACAACGCAGCUACGGAAUAGGCUACGCCCUCAUACCUUCCACUAAAUCUGACAACUUCUCGGACUCCAGUCACAGUGAGAUUUCAUCCCGGUCCAGCAUCGUGAGCAACUGCUCCGUGGACUCAAUGUCGGCAGCGCUGCAGGAUGAGAGGAGUUUGUCCCAGUCUCUCAUUGUGGUGGAUUCGGGGGGCACAGAGAGAAAAGAGCAUCCUCAGCCGCUGGCUGAUUACGCCCAGCCGUGCCCAGGCUGGUCAGUCACUAGGCCUGCUCUCAUCCGAGGGAUGGCUUUCACGUCCUCCAUGAGCAGCGAGGAGAUCUCCCAUGAACACAUCACCAUAGAGGCAGCAGAUAGCGGCAGGGGAAGCUGGACUUCAUGCUCGAGUAGUUCUCAUGACAACUUCCAGAAUAUCCCAAACCAGAAGAGCUGGGAUCUCCUCAAUUCUUACCGUCACACCCAGCUGGACGGACCUAUAGCUGAAGUCGACCCCACAAACUGUUACUCUGAGGAGGCUUAUUUGUAUUCUGAUGCCUUUUCCAAAACCAACAGGCAGUCGAAAGCCAGCGUGGAGCUCGAUCAGUCUCGGCAGAGCUGGGCCUCCUCCAGCUCGCUCUCAGACACCUACGAAACAAACUAUGGGACAAUUAAGCGGAGGGGGCUGGAGAACUCUACAGCAGAGCAGACGGAGGUUUUGGACUCUAAACCAGGCGGUGAUACAACUUACAAAACCGUUACUUCGAGUACAGAAAAAGGCCUGAUAGUGUACUGUGUCACCUCACCUAAGAAGGACGAUAGGUAUAGGGAGCCACCGCCCACCCCUCCGGGAUAUAUGGGGAUUUCUUUAGCGGACAUAAAGGAAGGAUCGCCCCAUCACCCACACCUAAAACCUCCAGACUAUAGUGUGGCAGUGCAGAGGUCAAAGAUGCUGCACAGUGACCUCUCUAGACUUUCAUCAGCUUCUCUCGGUAGUGAACCGGUGGCCUGUAUUUCAUCGAAGAUGCCACAGUGGCAUAAUCGGCAGCCGUCCAACCCCAAACUAGCAGAUAUGACUGACGCAGAUAGUGAAGAGGAUGAAGACGAGCAAGUAUCAGCGGUCUAACCACCGGGCUAUUUCUGUGAACCACUUCACCGCUCCAGGGAUGUGGGGAGAAGGACCAUGGGAUUCUGUUAGUGGAGGCCAACCCUUGCUGCUGCUGCUGCUGACCUCGGCCCGCGCCUUCGCCUCUGGUGCGCCAAGGUGGAACGGGCUGGACCACGUCUCUCUACCUUACUGCAGUCCACCACCGCCUAAGAAAGCUUAUUUCCACCUGUGAAACAGAAAACCGUUUCCAAGGAGCCUACUGACUACCCAGAUACCCACGGUGGUGGCCGGAGAUGGACCAGGCUUCAUGCAUUCGGGAGGACCAGUUGUUACCACCGCUUGAAACUUGGAAGCAGGCUUCUGUAUGAUACCAUCGAAUCCUUUGGUAGUUUUCCAUCCUCCUUAUUUUCUACAUGAUCAUUACAAGUCUAAGAGUGUUAUUUUAUGAACUUUUUAAAAAAAAAAAAAAUAUAUAUAUCAAAAUGUCAGCAAAAGCAAAGGACAUUGCUGAAGUAUCUGAAAAUAAUUUAUUAAUUUAAAAUUUUUUUUUUGAUGGGAAUUUCCUUUCUUUGUGUUGGCAGUGCUCUGGUUGGCUAAUAUAAAUGUUUAGUCAAUGUGAUAGAAAAUUAGGUGCACAUAAACUGUUGCGCUCUCAAAAUAAACACAGAAAACUAGAAAUGGGACAUUAUCGGGUGCAGAAAUACACGGAAUUUAGGGUGGUUUUAGAUGAAAUAUAAAUAGAGCACAAAGCCCCGCAGAGCGGCAUGUGUCGGGCCCUGCCUCUGCCCAAAAACCUCCGCCCUCAAAGUAUUUUGGGAAAUAUUUGAGCUGCCAGCCAACUAAAGCGAUAGUUGGUGCUCUCCUCCCCUCCUCAGGAACCGUUUGGAAUGUGGGGGCCGGAGCUGACGGGAGCCGCGAGGGGAGUUUGGAGUUUUCCCAAAAGAGCUUUACCCGGGUUUUGCCCUGCAGAGUCGAGCAUGCAAAGCGCGGUGCCAGGAACCAAAAUAAACCCUGUCUUGUGGGUUUUAAGAUCAUCCCACGCCUUCUGGCCUUUUACCAGAGUUGCACAGGAUUUAGGUGCAAAGGUUACCUUUAAAAAAAAAAAAAUUAAAAUAAUUAUAAAUCGCCUUCAUUUCACAGUAAAAUUUGUGAAACUGAAUAUUAAAUGGCAUAAUCCUUAUAUAAGACUAUAAUGCAUUUUAUGAUGGGUUAAAAAAACUCCGUUGUGCUCAUCUGGAAAAUACAGAUGAUCUCAAAACACUUUGUUUUAAAUCCCAGCUACAAAUCCUGGUGGUGGUGAUGUCAACGGCAGUUUUGACUUUCAGCCAGUCAGUAUUAACACAUGAUCCUCUACUUUGACUAUGGUCAAAUAUUUGAAUUGCUUAUUUGAUUUUUGCUUAGCCAGCCAGAGCGCAGAGGGGUAAAACUGGAAAUACCUGCAGUUUCUUUCUUUCUUUCUUUCUUCUAGCACACGAUGCCCCGUUCUAGUGUUAAAAAUGGACAUGAAUGUGUGAAUAUGUAUUUAAACAUUUAAUUGUAAAUCUUUGUUGUGAUGUUUACAGCCUAAGCUAGAAAGAUGUUUGUCAUUUUUACAGUGCCUCAAAAAUGAUUUCUAUAUCCAUA